CCAAAAGGACUGACACUCCCGCUCUUUCAUCAGCCUUCCGAUUCGGAAGUCCGAACUAACCCUUCCUUCCGCCGACGAGAGGCCCUCUCCCCCAUCAUCAAACCUCCGUCCGGGUGCUCUUUCCUCCAUCGACUAGGGUUUGGCAUCCCUCUUGUCUACUGUCUCACGAUAGACUGCCCGGAUUCCCGCCGAUGGCGAGUGGAGCUACGGGCCCUGAUCCACUCGAUGCGCUCGCUCAGUUCUCCGUGCUCUCCCUCUUCCCCCGCAGCUUCGGCGCUCUUCAGAAUGCCUCCGACCCGUACGAUCUCGAGCGGGAACUCGACUCCCUCCACAGCCACCUCGGCACCAUCGCAUUGCAAGGCCCCAAGAAGCUCUUCAAUCAGGCGAAGUCCAUUAUGGAAAGCUGUUCAGAACUUCUGAACACUGAUAUCCCAGGUGAAGUCGCAGCAGAAGAGAGGGAUGAAUUUGAUGCGGCAAAGGCUAAUGAAGAAAAUCCUAAAAGGCGAAGGCCGGGCUUGGGCCUAAAGCGUCCAAAGUUUUCAUUGAAGCCUGAUUCAAGUCAACCUGCAGUCAAUUUGGAAGCGACUUUUGAUAUUGAUAGUUACGAAGAUCCCGAUGAGUUUUUUGCAGCGUUUGAGAGAAUGGAGCAGGCCAAUAGGGAAAUCAUGAGGCAGAAUGGAAUUGUUCCAGAAGAUCCAGGUCAGCACAAAUUGAAAGAGGCACGUCGUCGCCGCCCAGGAUUGCCGGGGAGGUCAUACAAACAUAAAUUUAGUGAAUCUGGCAUCUUUCCUCCCGAGACAGUUAUGGAGUCAUAUGUUGCCGUCUCUAAUUCUACCAUACAACAAGAUGCAGAAAAUGAAUCAAAUGAUGAAUCACGAGAAAGAGAUUUCACUGGUUCAACAAAGGCGAAGAGGAAACAUAGUGAACUUUUGGAUGAACUGUUAUCCCUGAAUUUGGAGGAUCUGGAUGGGGACGGCGCAGCCAGUCUUCUACAGGAGCAUUUGCAGAUCAAAGCCAUUAACAUUGAGAAUUUGGAGCUCCCUGAUUUGCAAGAUAUCCAAAAGGAUGAUUGGAAUGCUUCAGUAGGGAACUUGUCAAAGCAGAUUCCUGUAUUACUGGAUAUUCAGAAUCUUAUGAAGAGGGCACAUGGGCAUUCACCAACUAAGCAUAAAGGUGGAUCAGAAAGCUCGAAAAAUUAUGUGUCUUCAAAGUCUGCAACAAAGAGUCCUUUUGCCCAAAUAUCAUUGUUACAGAAACGUUUGUUCAGGGAAAACUCAUCUAUCGACCCAUUUUCUUCUGAUCAUGUUGAUGAUGUAGCUGCAAGGAACUGUCUUGAUAUGGAACACGCAGAAAAAGAAUCUGAUGAUGUUAACAAGAGGAAUAAGUCAGAUGUUUCUUCCCAUAAUCCUGGUGACUCUAUCAGUAUUCCAGUAGAUAGGGGAGAUUUUGAUGUUGUAAUUGGCUCAAACUCUAAUGACUUGCAAAAUGAAGUCGCAAAUUGUAAAACCGAUCUGCCAAUGAUGGCUGAGUUCCUAGACAGGCCCAGCACUGAUUUGGAUAGCCAGGCAGAGAAGGAGGCAGCAACGUCUACCCAGCUCAAUGCUGAAACUGAGGACUCAGAUACUGAAGAAGCUAACGAGGAUGGGAAUAUUCUGGGCUUAACAAAGGCGAAGAGGAAAAACAAUGAACUUUUGGAUGAACUGUUAUCCCUGAAUUUGGAGGAUCUGGAUGGGGACGGUGCAGCCAAUCCUCUACAGGAGCAUUUGCAGACCAAAGCCAUUAACAUUGAGAAUUUGGAGCUCCCUGAUUUGCAAGAUAUCCAGAAGGAUGAUUUGAAUGCUUCAGUAGGGAACUUGUCAAAGCAGAGGCCUGUAUUACUGGAUAUUCAGAAUCUUAUGAAGAGGGCACAUGGGCAUUCACCAACUAAGCAUAAAGGUGGAUCAGAAAGCUUGAAAAAUUACGUGUCUUCAAAGUCUGCAACAAAGAGUCCUUUUGCCCAAAUAUCAUUGUUACAGAAACGUUUGUUCAGGGAAAACUCAUCUAUCGACCCAUUUUCUUCUGAUCAUGUUGAUGACGUAGCUGCAAGGAACUGUCUUGAUAUGGAACACGCAGAAAAAGAAUCUGAUGAUGUUAACAAGAGGAAUAAGUCAGAUGGUUCUUCCCAUAAUCCUGGUGAAUCUAUCAGUGGUACUUUAGAUAGGGGAGAUUUUGAUGUUGUAAUUGGCUCAAACUCUAAUGACUUGCAAAACGAAGUCACAAAUCAUAAAACCGAUCUGCCAAUGAUGGCUGAGUUCCUAGACAGGCCCAGCACUGAUUUGGAUAGCCAGGCAGAGAAGGAGGCAGCAACGUCUACCCAGCUCAAUGCUGAAACUGAGGACUCAGAUACUGAAGAAGCUAACGAGGAUGGGGAUAUUCUGGAUCCCUUAGUUUUUUCUAUAGUUGAAGAAUUUGCUAGAGAUGGCUCUUCAAAACGCCCUGAUGGUGUUCUAGAACAACAAAUAGAGGUUCCUCAUGUUUGUAGCCAGGCAGAGAAGGAGGCAGCAACGCCUACCCAGCAAAAUGCUGAAGCUGGGGACUCAAAUACUGAAGAAGCUAACGAGGAUGGGGAUAUUCUGGUUUCUUCUGAAGUUGAAGAAUUUGCUAGAGAUGGCUCUUCAAAAUGCCCUGGUGGUGUUCUAGAGCAGCAAAUAGAGGAACCUGUUGCUACUCUGCCCAGUGGACAAGGCGAGAAGAAAUCAUGCCCUUCAUGUAAUGGUCGAAAGAGAAAAGAAGCUUCUGCUCUCAGAAGUUCUAGAGAAUCCGAAAAUCCUGUGGCAACUGAGUGUCAACAAAAUGAGAGACGAGAUGAUGCUUCGGAGGAGCUCAUUGAGGAGGCUGCCCAAGAAAUGCAUACUGGUGGAAGAAAAUCAAGGCCACGUCCUAAGAAGCCCCGCUUAGUGAAUGAACUCUCUCGUCGGAGGACAAGUCUUGGAGGUGCUGGGACAACAUGGGAUAAUGGCGUGAGGCGGAGUACAAGGAUCAGGUCGAGACCUUUAGCAUUCUGGAAAGGUGAACGAUUCCUGUAUGGACGCAUUCAUGAAAGUUUAGCGACUGUAAUCGGCGUGAAGUAUGAGUCGCCUGGAGAUGGAAAACCAAGGCUGAAGGUGAAGUCUUUCGUCUCCGAUGAGUACAAAGAACUUGUUGAACUUGUAUCUUGAGAUUUAGAUCAAAAUGCUGCCUCUGUUUUAUGUUGUUAAGAUAUGUACGAGUUCAUUCGUUGCUCUGUAUGUAAGCGAACAGAACGAGUUCUGAACUCGGCAAAUAUUAGAAAUGUAAUCCUAGCUCGGAACUGACAUCCGACAUAUGAUCUUUACAGAUAUGGACUGGUGGAUUACUAUAUUAUGAAAGAUCGUGCCAGUUACUUA